UGUCGAGCGCGGGAUUAUAAGAGCCGCCCGGAAGCCAAGUCAGCCCCACUUCCAAACAUGAGGAUCCUCCUGCUUUUCGGGCUGGUCGCAGUCGCGCUGGCUGACGUCACUCGCUUCGACGGGUAACAUUUUCCAAUCUUCUGAUGAAAAGCCAUUUUUCUUUUUUUGAUGGCAUGAUGCGAGACACGCUGAGUAAAUCAUCGUUUUUGCUUCUGCCGCAAACUGUGACAAGUGCCUGCGAUCCAUCGUGGCGGCGUAGGGAUCUGAUCCAGUUCAAUUAGCCUCCCAUCAACUCAGUGUAUUGCAAUUUUCCGUGUGCCGGCAAACAAGAAAGUUUUUGUACUCCCACUGUGACACAGUUUAUCACUGGGGUUGUCGAUGAACUGUACUGUAUCAUACUGAGAACUGUUUCUUGUAUUUUUUUGUCAAUACCAAACAAAAUUAAGCUUUGAGAUCUACAGAAAGGCAGAAUAUCUAUUGGAUCUCAUCUGGCGGUAGCACAGUGAUAUAGUCUAUACUGUUUUGCAGUUCUAAGGCUAUGGGUGUGAAUCGGGCUCUGCCAUUUCCUGAGUGGAAUUUGCAUGCUCUCACGGUGCUUGGGCUGUUUUCUCCGCCAUCCUCCCACAUGCCAAAAAACAUGCAUGUUAAGUUCACUGAAGACUAAAAGUUCCAUAGGUGUGAAUAUGAAUACCCUGUCAUUGGUUGGGGACCAGUCCGGGCUGUCGAGCUCGUCCAAAGUCGGCCGGGAUCGGUUCCAGCUGACACGCAACCCUAAUGAAGAAGAUGGAUGGAUGGCCUUAUGUUUUUACGUUUUCUUUCCCCCGAAAGCGAGCAAGUGGUGCGUCUGAAACCUGUGUUUGACGAACAUGUGACCCUCAUUAAGGAUCUGGCACAAAGCAUUGAGAUCGACUUCUGGAGCCCCGAGAGCGCCGAGCUGGUGACCAUCGACAUCGACGUGGACAUCCGUGUGCCUGCCUUGUACCAGGACAUGGUGCACACCAUGCUGCUGCAGAGUAACAUGGAGCACGAGGUCCUGAUCGACGACCUGCAGGCUGCUGUCGAGGACCAGGCCGACAACAAGGUUUCACCCAGGACCCACAGCUACACCAAGUACAACAGCUGGGACAAGGUCCAGGCAUGGAUUGCAUCCAUUUCCUCUUCCAACCCCAGUCUGAUCAGCAAACAGGUGAUUGGGAAAACCUACGAGGGACGCCCCAUGACUCUCCUUAAGCUCGGUAAGAGAACCAGCUCCAACAAGCCUGCCAUUUUCAUGGACUGCGGCAUCCACGCCAGAGAGUGGAUCUCCCCCGCUUUCUGCCAGUGGUUUGUCAAGGAGGCUCUGUCCACCUACGGCAAAGAUACUCAGAUGACCAGCCUGCUUAACCAGAUGGACGUCUACGUCCUUCCCGUCUUUAACAUCGACGGAUAUGACUACACCCACAAAAAUAACAGGAUGUGGAGGAAAACUCGCUCCAGGAGGUCUGGCUCCAGCUGCAUCGGAGCUGAUCCCAACAGGAACUGGAACGCUGGCUGGUGCACCAUCGGAGCCUCCAGCAGCCCGUGCAGCGACACCUUCUGCGGCUACAAACCCGAGUCCGAGAUCGAGGUCAAGAACGUGGCCGACUUCAUCCGCAGGAACAAGUCCGCCAUCAAGGCCUACAUCACCAUCCACUCGUACUCGCAGCUCCUGCUCUUCCCUUACUCAUACACCUAUAAUCUGUCAGCGCACCAUAGCGAGCUGAUGAACAUCGCUCAGGGAGCUUCUGCUGCUCUUCGUAGUCUGUAUGGAACUCGCUACACCAGUGGACCCGGUGCAGCAACCAUCUACCCCGCUGCCGGAGGCUCCGACGACUGGGCCUACGACUUGGGUGUGAAAUACUCCUUCACCUUUGAGUUGCGUGACACCGGUCGUUACGGCUUCCUGCUGCCCGAGUCUCAGAUCAAGCCCACGUGCGAGGAGACCAUGCUGGCCGUCAAGUACAUCGCCGCCUACGUGCAGAAGAACCUCUAUUAAAAGGAGGACCCCCGCCAACUGGUUCUCCAGCCCCCCCCCCCCCCACCUCGGCCCCUGGCAACCUCUCUGCCAUCUCCGGCUCCGUAUCCAUGGGAACGGUCACCACCCGCCAUGUUUCCUCGCUGUGCUUGACAGAAUGUCAAGAUGAGUACGAACAAUAAAAUCAA